CGUUUUACUUUCGACUUGUUUUGUAACGUUUGUCGAAGCCUAUUCGAAAAACACAAAUUACACUUUGCAUUCCUUGUUUGUGCUCGCAUUCGUGUUAAUGCAAAAUUGAUAGAUUCCGUCGAAUGGAGACAUUUCUUAUCUGAAGUUAUCCCUACUUUGCAAUUAUUGGUUCCAUUCAAAUAUAUAUUUGAUACUCAAGAAGCACAUUUGUAAGAAAAGAUACUUAUAUAAAACAUUAGUUCGUUAUAUUGAUGAUUUGAUAAUAUUUAUUAAGUUGUCUUAUGGUUAAAACAAAAAAAAAAAAAAUAACUACAUUUAAGUAUGUUAUAUUAUAUUAAGAAUUGCAUUUCCUGAACCUUGGCAAACAAAACUGGAUGAUUUUGAAAAAAUGUUAGUCCUGAAGUGUCUUCGUCCUGAUAAAAUUAUCAAUGCUAUACAAAUGUACUUGAGUAAAUAUUUGGGUAAAGAAUUCGUGGAACCACAAACAACGGAAAUCAGUGCACUUUACAAGGAAUCAACUCCGAUUACACCUUUGGUAUUUGUGCUAUCUACUGGUACAGAUCCAGCUGUUCAGUUAUACACAUUUGCGGAAAAGCAAAAGAUGGAUAAAAGAUUAUUUUCCAUAUCCCUUGGACAAGGGCAAGGACCAAGAGCGGAAGCUAUGUUAAAGCAGUCCGCAGAACUUGGAUAUUGGGUAUUUUUUCAGAAUUGUCAUUUAGCACCAAGCUGGAUGCCGCAUUUGGAAGCAUUAGUUGAAAUUUUAACAGAAAAGACGCAUCGUGAUUUUCGUUUAUGGUUAACCUCCGCUCCGUCGCCAGAUUUUCCUGUAAGCAUUUUACAGAAUGGUCACAAAAUGACGAUGGAACCUCCAAGAGGUGUAAAGGCUAAUUUGUUUCGAGCAUAUUUGACACAAGUCAUCGAAAUGAAAAAUUUUCUUGAAUCGGAGCAUCCAAAAGUAGAACCGUUUAAAUAUCUUGUUUUUUCCUUAUGCUUGUUUCAUUCACUUUUAUUGGAAAGACGUAAAUUCGGUUCUCUUGGUUUCAACAUACCAUAUGAAUUUACAAGCGGAGAUUUAGCUAUUUGUUUGUCACAAUUACAUAUGUUCCUCAUGGAAUAUACGAUUAUACCAUUUAAGGUUCUCAUUUAUACCGCUGGACACAUCAAUUAUGGUGGACGAAUAACGGACGAUUGGGAUCGUAGAUGCGUUUUAACGAUAUUGGAGGAUUAUUAUAAACUCGAAGUAGUUUCAAGCUAUUUUCGUUUCGAUGAUAAAGGGAUUUAUUAUCAAUUACCGGCUGUCAGCACAUUCAACGAAUACAUAGAAUAUAUUACAACUCUUCCUCUCAAUGACGAUCCAAUGCUUUUCGGAAUGCAUUCAAAUGCAGAUAUAAGUUUUGCACAAGCUGAAGCAUAUAUAUGCCUCGAAACCCUAUUUAAUUUACAACCGAAAGAGAUUAGUAGUAUAGAAGUAAGCGUUGAAGAUAUCGCUACUCGUCAAGCGCAAGAAAUGUUAAGCACGUUACCCGAGUCUUUUGAUUUGAUUGCUAUACAAAAGAAGUAUCCUGUUCUAUAUCAAGAAUCAUUUAAUACGGUAUUACUGCAGGAAGCCAAACGAUACAAUGGAUUAUUAAAAGUGAUAAGAUCAUCUUUAGAUGAUCUAUUGAAAGCAUUAAAGGGUUCAGUUGUAAUGUCUGAAAUUUUGGAAACAAUGAAUAAAAAUAUUUCCAAUAACAAGAUACCAAUAAUUUGGCAAGAUAAAGGUUAUCCUUCUUUGAAGCCACUUGGAGCUUGGUUUCUUGAUUUGAAAGAGCGCAUCAAAUUUAUUAACGCAUGGUACGACAAUGGUAUACCAUCGGCUUUUUGGAUUUCGGGAUUUUAUUUUCCACAAGCAUUUUUAACAGCGACAUUACAAAAUUAUGCGAGAAAAUAUGUUAUUUCCAUCGAUACGAUUGACUUUAAUUUUGUGGUAUUAUCUUCAAAGCCAAUGCAUAAACCAGAGGAUGGUUGUGUAGUAUACGGUUUAUUCCUUGAGGGUUGCCGAUGGGGAGGAACCUAUUUAGAAGAAUCACAUCCAAAGGAAUUGUAUACCGAGAUGUCUCCUAUACUUUUACUCCCAGAAAUAAAUCAUGAAGUGUUCGAGGAUAAGAUUUAUAUAUGUCCCGUAUAUAAAACGAUUGCACGAGCUGGUACUUUAAGUACGACGGGACAUUCGACAAAUUUUGUCUUAGCCAUGGAAAUACCAAGCAAAAAUCCACAAGCACAUUGGAUAAAACGAGGCGUAGCAAUGAUAUGUGCGUUAAAUUAUUAA